UGGUUAAUAAUCUCUAUUAAAUCAUGUCAAUGAGAUAAUAGAACACAACUCCUUACGUACAGUGUGUAUGUGACAUAGAGAGAUCAGUUAUACUCACAAACCCAGCCACUCCUUCAGGAGGUUAUAACCAUGACGUCCAGACUGCUUACACUGGCCUCAGCAAGACUAGACUGAAGUUUCCACAGAAUUUGCAGCUUCCAGAGGAUUAGGACCAUAAGGGUUCAGCAGGUUCUGAGCAUAUGCCAUUAAUGUCGUGGGCCACAUGUAAACCCACACAGCGCAGAGACACACACUUCAUCCUGCAGAUUUAUCACGUGGGUUUGCAGAGAUGGGUCUCCUCUCGGAUCCAAACCGGAGGCAGGUGCUGACAAACCUGCUCACCAGGAUGAAUACACCCCUGUGCUUCCUGUGCUAUGUGGCUGGGAUCACCUGGUUCAUGGGCCUGGCCUUUGAACCCUUCAUCCUUCGAAUGUACACCUCAGAGAACGCCAUGGGCUCCACCAUGGUGGACGAGAACUUUGUGUAUGGUGACAGGGCAUUGUCGUAUGCCCGGGAAUUCUCAGCACAUAGGAAAAAGGCGGGAGAGAUGCCUGUGGAAUGGCUCGUGAAGACUAUGACUGGCCUGGGACUGGAGACACACGUUCAGACGUUCUCCCGAACUCUGCCCUUCCCAGAUGAGAUACGAGAGAGAUAUAUGGUGAAAGGAUCCAACGUCUAUGGAAUUCUCCGUGCCUCGAGAGCUGCGAGCACAGAGUCGAUUGUCCUGAGCACUCCAGUCGGAAUCAAACUGAACAGCCAGGCUGCCGGGCUGCUCCUGGCUCUGGCCUCCUACUUCCGAGGUCAGAUAUACUGGGCAAAAGACAUCAUCUUCCUGUUCAAUGAGCAUGACAUGAUCGGGAUGGAGGCUUGGCUCGAAGCUUACCACGAUGUUAAUGUAACUGAGAUUAACUCAUCGGUAAUGCAGGGUCGAGCUGGGGCAAUCCAGGCUGCCAUCACCAUCGAAAUCAGCAGCGAUGUUGUCACCAGCUUCGACAUCAGUGUUGAGGGGCUGAAUGGUCAGCUGCCCAACCUCGACCUGGUCAACCUCUUCACAUCCUUCUGCCAGAAGAACGGGGUCCUGUGUACUAUCCAGGGCAAGUUACCACGCAUGGACGGAGAGACCCUUGAGGGUUACAUACACUCGCUGAACACCAUGAUGCUGAUGGUCCUCAAACAGGGCUCAGGAAAAUCCCAGGGUGAUCACGGCCUCUUCCUGAGAUACCACAUUGAGGCAGUGACUAUACGAGGAAUCAACAGCUUCCAGCAGUACAAGUUCGACAUGGUAACUGUCGGCAAAGUGUUCGAGGGAAUAGUGAGGAAGUUGAACAACCUGCUGGAGAGGCUGCAUCAGUCUUACUUCUUUUACUUGUUGCCGUCUUUAUCUCGCUUUGUAUCCAUCGGUUACUACAUGCCUGCCUUCAUCUUCCUCAUCCUCAUCCUGCUGCUGAAGGCUCUGGACCUUUGGAUUAAACUGUCGAAAGUUCCAGUGUGUCCCCAGGAUUGUGUUGUGGAGAAUGUGAGGCCGGGUUUCCUGUCAAUCGUGACUCCGAUUUUCAUCUGCCACAUCAUGGGCCUUGCCCUCUACUAUGUACCACUCCUGUGCCAGGGGACAGCCACGGACCAUUUCCCUGUGUCAGAGACUGAAGCUGUCGUACUCACCUCCAUUGCCAUCUAUGUGGCUGGACUAGCACUACCCCACAAUACACAGAGUGUCUUGCCAAUCGAAGUGUCUGCCUGUGGCUGGAUGACUCUGAAGCUGAUUUCCGUUCUCUACCUGGCUCUGCUCCUGGGCUGCAUCACGCUGAUCAACUUUUCACUGGGCUUCAUCCUGGCUGUCACUCUGAUCCCAGCAGCUGCCCUGGCUCAGCCAGCACCCCACAAGAUGUUCAAUGCCCUGUUCCUCAUCCUGAUGUCACCGGCCACUGUCCUGCUGCUGUGCAUUUACCUGUACCAUGAGCUGGCAGAGUACCCGAUUACCUUGCUGGAGUGCUGGCAGCUGUUUCUGCAGGCUGUUGCUGAAUCCAUCCUCGACCACCAUCUGUACAGCUCCAUUGUUUACCCCUUCAUUGUGUUCUUCAUCUAUCCCUGCUGGCUCCUCCUGUGGAAUGUAGUCUUCUGGAACUAAGACAGAUCCCCUCCCCCUCCCCAGCUCUGAAGGCAAGUUCCGACACACCAGCGGUGAAAAGGGCAGCAUAAGAUUCAUCACCUGUGGACAUGAUUGACUGCACUGAGGGGUCAGAGAUGAACAGACCAAGGGACUCAUUAUGGAAUAAUGGCCCAGUUUGUUUUCCUGGGAGACUGCAUGUUGAGGGGUGGAGGGCAGAGGGAAGGGGUAAGACAGCGCAACGAGGGGUAGAGUGAGUAGUCACUUGGAGGGUUUAGAAAAAGGGAGGGAGCCGAGGAGGGUUUCGGGGCAAAGUGUCAGGGGUUCAUGGGAAGGAGUGAAUAUGUGGAAUGAGCUAUUGAAGGGAAGGAUCAUGGGGCAGCGGGGAGGGGCUGAAGAAGAAAGGCUAAUGGGAAUAGGACAAUUAGCCAUUUUUUGGGGUCCCCUAGCAGGAGGAUACCCCUGAGAGCAAUUGGAGCCUUCAAGGAAGAAGGAAAUAAGGAGAUCCAUUAUGAUCUAGGGAGACCAAACCUCAAAAAAUACACUCCAGGGUAGAUUGAAUCUAAAUGGAAAAGUGUCCAAGCCUUUGUAUCACCAAGGAACUUUGACGAGAUGCUAGAUGCACAUGCUAUCCUAUAAGGAUUUCAGAUCAUAGCCACAUAUUUAAAUGUGAUUAUUGGCUGUUUGUAUUUAAAUUGAUUGAGGAGCUGUGGUCUGCAACCUUUAAAUACUAUUCGCUUAGAAGAUCGUUACUCCCUCUAGCUGCACUGGUUUUGAAGUUAGGUCCCAGAAACACAUUUCAGUGCAAUUAUUGGAUGUUUGUAUUUAAGUUGAGUGAGGAGCUAUCUCACCUCAACACUGCCCUCCUACCACUGAGUUUGUAAUGUUGACAUUUGUUUCUGGUGUAAACAGUGAUUGGGAUUUUAAAGAAACAUUAGAGAAUAAAAAUUGUGAUCUAUU